AUGGGUUCAGGUGCUUUGACUAGAUCAGAGUCUAAGAGAGAUGGAGGUUUUAAAAAUAAUUGGAGCUUUGAUCAUGAAGAAGAAAAUGAAGGAGAUACAAAUAAAGAUGGAGCAAAUCUGCUCAGUGUAGAAGAUGAUAAGGAUUCUGAAACCUCAAAAGGAAAAAAGUUAAAUCGUCCAUCUGAAAUUGUUGCUACUAGUUCUGGUGAUUUCAUCUUGAAGACAUAUGUGGGACGAAACAAGAGUGAAAGUUUUAAAACUUUGAAAGGCAACCCAAUUGGAAUUAACAUGUUGAGCAACAAUAAGAAAUUGAGUGAAAAUACACAAAAUACGUCAUUAUGUUCUGGAACUAUAGUUCAUGGUAGACGUUUUCAUCAUGCUCAUGUACAAAUACCAGUAGUAAAAACAGCAGCCCAAAGCAAUCCGGACCGAAAAGAAAGGAAAGAAUAUCCACCUCAUGUCCAAAAAGUUGAAAUUAAUCUUGUAAGGUUAAGUCGGCCCCAAGGUGUUGGAAACAAGGACUCCUAUGUAUCCCAGACUAGCCUCAAACUCGGAUCCUCUUGCCUCCACCUCCCAAAUGCUGGAAUUACAGAACGUAUAAUGAAGAAAACAGAACAGUCUGAAUCACAUGUAGAGUCUGAAAUUAAGAAGAAAGUACAACAGAAACGGCAGUGUACAUACCAGCCUACUUCUCUGUCUCCUGCUUCAAAAAAAUUUUUAACCCAUUUAGAGGUUUCAGAACAACGUGAAUGUUGCCCAAAAUGUGGAAAAGAAAAAGAAAAUCAAACUAAAUGCCAAAGUUGUGGUAUUAUUUUUCGUAAUGAUUUGCAAAGAAAUUGCAGACACGCUGUAACUUUGAAUGAAUCUACUGGACCAUUAUUAAGAACAUCAAUUCAUCAAAAUACUGGAGGACAAAAGUCACAAAACACAGGAUUAACAACCAAGAAGUUUUAUGGGAACAGUGUGGAAAAGGUUCCAAUUGAUAUAAUUGUGAGUCAUGAUGACAGUAGACAUAAUUAUUUACAGACUAAUGGAAAAGUAAUUUUACCAGGGGCAAAAAUGCCCAAAAUUACAAACUUGAAAGAGAGAAAAACAAGCCUAUCAGACCUAAAUGAUCCAAUCAUUUUGUCCAGUGAUGAUGAUGAUGACAAUGACAGUAGUACCAGAAGAGACAACCUAUCUCCUCAGCCUGCCGACUCAGCAUGUUCUUCUCCAGCACCAUCCACUGGAAAAGUAGAAGCAGCACUGAAUGAAAAUCACUGCAGAGCUGAGCGUGAGCCAAAAAGCAUUCCAGCAGAGUCAGAGCUAAACUCUGUCGUAUUGCCGAGGAAAGCAAGAAUGAAGGACCAGUUUGGCAAUCCUAUUAUCACCACACCUCUAAAACGUCGUAAAGUCAGUUCUCAAGAAACUUUAAUUGAUCCUGUACCUUUAAGCUGCCAAAGUCCCUUUGAAAGUGUCAUUUUAAGCUGUCGAAGUAUACGAGUAGGAACACUGUUUCGACUAUUAAUAGAGCCUAUAAUUUUUUCUGUAGAUUUUAUCAAGAUACAUCUGGAUGAACCAGAAAGUGAUCCUGUAGAGAUUAUUUUAAAUACCUCUGAUCUAACUAAAUGUGAAUGGUGUAAUGUCCGAAAAUUACCAGUAGUGUUUCUUCAGACGAUACCAACAAUUUAUCAAAAGCUGAGUGUGCGACUGCAAAUGAAUAAGGAUGAUAAAGUAUGGAAUGACUGUAAAGGAAUAAAUAAAUUAACAAAUUUGGAAGAACAAUACAUCAUUUUAAUUUUCCAAAAUAGCCUUGAUCCUCAGACAAAUGUGAUAUUUGAGAACAUCAUUAAUAACAUUGGUAUAAAGAAUAAUGUUCCCAAUUUUUUUGCAAAAAUUCUCUUUGAAGAAGCCAAUAGCAGACUUGUUGCAUGUACAAGAAGCUAUGAAGAGAGCAUCAAAGGAACUUGUAUGCAAAAAGAAAACAAAGUUAAAACUAUGUCAUUUGACUCUAAAAUACAACUUAGAAGCAAACGGGAAUUCCAGUUUUUUGAUGAUGAGGAAGAAUCUGGAGAAAGCCAUACCAUCUUCAUUGGGCCUGUGGAAAAAUUGAUAGUGUAUCCACCACCUCCUUCUAAGGGGGGCAUCUCUGUUACUAAUGAAGACCUACACUGUCUAAGUGAAGGAGAAUUUUUAAACGAUGUUAUUAUAGACUUUUAUUUGAAAUAUUUGGUGCUUGAAAAACUGAAGAAAGAAGAAGCUGACCGAAUUCAUAUAUUCAGUUCUUUUUUCUACAAACGCCUUAAUCAGAGAGAGAGGAGAAAUCAUGAAACAACUAAUCUGUCAAUACAACAAAAACGACAUGGGAGAGUAAAAACAUGGACUCGGCAUGUAGAUAUUUUUGAAAAGGAUUUUAUUUUUGUACCCCUUAAUGAAGCUGCACACUGGUUUUUGGCUGUUGUUUGUUUCCCUGGUUUAGAAAAACCAAAGUAUGAACCUAAUCCUCAUUACCAUGAAAAUGCAGCCAUACAAAAAAAUUCAACUGUAGAAGACAGUUGUAUUUCUUCUUCUGCCAAUGAAAUGGACAGUUUUUCACAGAGUUCUUCUGCCAAGCCUGUCAUUAAGAAGGUGCUAAACAAAAAGCAUUGCCUAGCUGUAACUGAUUCAAGUGCUGGACAGGAAGAAAGCAACCCUUGUGAUCGGAGAAACAUAUACAGUGUGAAAAAAAUAAAUCCUAUUGCAAGUGAAAAUGAAGAGUCAAAUAAAAGAGAAUCUUCAUGCCAGAAAGUUGUUGAUAGGACUAAAAGUGAGAAUGGCCUACAGGGUGAAUGUUUAAAUUCUAUACAUCAUCCAGAUGGCUUAAGCAAUAUCAGAAUAAACUAUAAUGAUGAGUCAGCUGAAAGUAGUAAAAUGCUUGAAGAUGAACCUAUUGACUUCUCAGAAGAUCAGUAUAACCAGGUAAAACCUUAAUAAUGUUCUGAGUUUUUGUUUUGUUCUGUUUUGAUUAACUUUUUCUUUAGAGUCUUAGAAGUAAUUCCUGCAACACAAAUCAGUCAUCCAGCUUCUGGAUUUGGUCAUCUCUUCACAGCACAAAUUUAGUUUUCAGGUUGUAAGUUCCUAGGGUAAAUGUUUUAGUAGUAAGUAUUCUUUUUUGGAUGAGAUAGGAGCUGAACUUUAAUAUUAUUCAGAGUGUUUUAAUAUAAAACUAACUUAGGUCCAACCCAGCUACCAACAAACCACCUCCUCCCCUUCCUCUUUCAAAGCAUUCAUGGACCAUGUACAACUGUUAGUCACACUUGAAAUAUUCAAGAAGAAAAUGUCUAAAUUUUCAGUUACAUAAUACGUAAGUAAACAAAAUUGUGUUUGUUUGUUUUUUGUUU